CCCAAUGAGCGGCGCUGGGGGCGGAGCAGCAGCUUAUAAAGGCGGCAGGCGGCGGCUCCUCCGGAUCACACACAGCAGAGUCUUCGUUGCUGGUUUGUGCUCUGCAGAGAACGAUGUCUGGACGCGGCAAACAAGGAGGCAAAGUGCGGGCUAAGGCCAAGACCCGCUCAUCCCGGGCAGGGCUCCAGUUCCCGGUCGGCCGUGUGCACAGGCUCCUCCGCAAGGGCAACUACGCCCAGAGGGUGGGCGCCGGCGCUCCCGUCUACUUGGCCGCUGUGCUCGAGUAUCUCACCGCCGAGAUCCUGGAGCUGGCCGGCAAUGCCGCCCGCGACAACAAGAAGACCCGCAUCAUCCCCCGUCACCUGCAGCUGGCCGUGCGCAACGACGAGGAGCUCAACAAGCUGCUGGGCGGAGUCACCAUCGCCCAGGGCGGCGUCCUGCCCAACAUCCAGGCCGUGCUGCUGCCCAAGAAGACCGAGAGCAGCAAGCCGGCCAAGAGCAAGUGAGCCCGGCUCUGCCCCGCCCCAAACCAAAGGCUCUUCUAAGAGCCGCCCACAUGGUCUGUACGACUGAGCUGGCGAUGCCGCUGAUCUCCGCUGUGGAGGCGUC